AUGAGAACCUUAAAGUGGGAUCCGUUGUUUGACCCUGAGGAAGAAACGUCUAUAGCAAUUGCAUGGAUCUCCUUCCCGGCGUUACCACCCAAUUUUUUUGUAAAGGAGGCCGUGUUUUCACUUGCAGCAGCGGUAGGCAAACCUUUACAAGUUGACCUAGCCAUGAGGAAUCAAACAAGGCCGAGUUGUGCAAGAGUCAAGGUUGAGGUAGAUCUAUUGAGUGAUUUCCCAAAAAGAAUCAAUGUAGGUAUGAGGAAAAAAUUAGGAGAAGUAUGUGAGACAUGGAUUAGAAUUAAGUAUGACUACGUACCAAAAUAUUGUAAAAAUUGCAAAAUACAAGGGCAUAAUGAAGAUGAAUGUUUUGUCAUUCACCCAGAACUAUACCCCAAGCCCGAGCGAAAGAACGAAAACCAGGAGACAACGAAUAAAGUAGAAAAGAAGGAAGGGGCGCAGGGGAAAUUUAUUUCCAGAAAGGAAGAACAAUCAAAACAAAAUGGAAAAGGGGAAAUCAAAGAACAGAAAAAUACCAAAGAAGGAGGAUGGACAGUUCAAGGAAAGCAAAUAUGGACUAGAAAGAUGGUGCAACAAGAAAAGCAGGGAAUUACCACUGAUAAUCAAUUUGGAGCGCUAAAUGAAAAUGAAGACACUAGGGAAACACAAAUUGAGCAACAAAUGAAGGGAACAGAGAUGAAUACAGGGAGUUGGGUAGAAAAGGCUUUUAAGGACAAGAAUAUAGGUGUCUUGGGUAGUAGCACAAAAGAUGGGGAGGAAGAGAAUACUCUAGGAAGUGGCACAAACGACAGGGAAGGAGUAGAAGUGAAAGAAAAAGAAAAGGGAAGGGCGAGUUCGAAUAGCUGGGUGGAGCGAAGCCCCAUACUAAAAGAUAGGGGAGAUGAGAGGGACGCAAGUAGUAGUAAUAUGGGAUCUGGUUACAAAGAAAGUGAGCAGGGCGACGUAGGAAAAGAGAAGGAGGAUGAAACAGGGUAA